AUGAAUGCUUCACGUCUUGUUGUUAAUACAAAACAACUUCCAUAUGAUCCAAAUCGUUUAUUACCUGAUGAUACAAAUAUUCUUGUACUUGAUGAAGAUGGUAAUCUUAGUCGACGAUCAACAGAUAGUUUUCCAAUAUCAUCAAUAAAUCGUCGUCAACAAUAUACAAAUACAGAAAUAUCUGAUGAUGAUAGAAUUGAAACUGGUCUUAUAUCAACUGUACGUGAAAAUGAACCAUAUUCUGAAACAGCACCUACAGCAAAUAAUCUCGUUGCUGGAAUACUUGAUGCUGAAACAGUUGCUAAACAUAUAUCAAAAGUUGGUAAAACAGCUGAUUCAUCAAGUGUUUCCUAUUUAACAUUGACAUUACCUGGUUAUGGUUUACGUGAUAUAUCAAUUUUAAGUAAUUAUACGCAUUUACAAAGAAUUGAAUUACCAUAUAAUAAUAUAUCUGAUUUAUCACCAUUGGAUAAUUUAAGUUAUUUACUUGAACUUGAUGUUUCAAAUAAUAAAAUUCGUAAAUUAUUUGAUUUUUGGCCACCAUGUAAUUUAAAAGAAGCUGAUUUUUCAUUUAAUCUUAUUGAACAAAUAAAAAAUGUUGAUAAUUUUCAUUAUUUACAAAAACUUAUUCUUGAUAACAAUCAAAUAUCGAAAAUUGAAGGUUUAAAAAAUUGUUAUCGUUUACAACACUUAAGUCUUGCUCAUAAUCGUAUUAGUCAAAUAGAAGAAUUAGAUGGAUUACCACUUAAAUAUUUAAAUUUAAAAUCUACGAUUUUCACCAUUCAAGAGAGAGAAGAUCCAGGACCAUCGAAAUCAAAUCAAAUUCGAAAUGUUGAAAAUCUCGAUUCACUCCAAUAUUUACAACAACUUAAUUUAUCAUGUAAUCAAAUAGAUUCUUUAGCUGGCUUUCCUGAACGAUUAAAUUUUCUUGAAGUACUUGAUCUUGCUGACAAUCAACUUCAUAAUUUAGCUGAUAUUGAUCGCCUUAGUGAAUAUCGUCUUUUACGAGAUUUAAAUUUACGUGGAAAUAAAAUAACUGAAAUCGAUGAUUAUCGACUUUCGAUUAUAUUUAAAUUACAACAUUUAACUAUACUUGAUCGACGAAAAAUUGAUGCAGCUGAAAAAAUUGAAUCUAAACAAAUGUUUAAUCCAUCAUCGGAAUAUUUUGCAUCAAGAGAUCAUAUGACAAAUGUUGUUUUUUCAUUUUUACAAGAUCAUCGAGUACAAGAAAGUACUUUGCCUAAUAUUGAAACACCAUAUCCAAUGUUAAUAUUAUCAGGUCCAGAAGGUUGUGGUAGAAUUGAAUUAGCUCAUCGACUUGUUGAAGAAUUUAGUGAAUUUUUUGGUUAUGGAAUUUUACAUACUGCUCGUGAAAAACGUGCUAAUGAAAAAGAUCGUGUUGAUUAUAUAUUUAUCAAACAAGAACAAUACGAAGAAGAUGUUACUAAAGGUGAAUUUUUAUGUUGUUAUGAAUACUAUGGUGAUUGGAAUGGUCUUCAACGUUCAUCAAUUGAAAAUGUUGCACGAGAAGGUUUAGCAUGUGUCGUACAAAUUGAACUUGAAGGUCUUUUAUCAAUAAAACAAUCUCAUUUUGAACCUCGUUGUGUACUUCUUUUACCAAUGGAUCAACAAAUUCAUAAACGUCGUUUACAAUUACAAGGUUUUGAAGAAGGUGAAAUAACAAUGGCAUUAAAUCGUGUUGAACUUUAUGCUGAAUACAAUCGAACACAUCCUGGUUUUUUUGAUGCAUUUAUUUUAACAAAUAGUCUUGAAGAUGGUUAUGAACAAUUACGUGAUCUUGUUAUAAGUUAUUUAGGUUUAGAAGAUGAUCGACUUGAUGCACCACGACCUAAUACAUCCGAUGAAAUAAAACGUUUUGAUGAUUUUGAUAUACAACGAUCAGAUUCAUUUUUACCAUCAACAAAUGCAACAGGUUGUCGUAAUUCAUCACAUCCAUCUGUUGAUACACCAACAAUUCAAGGUACAAAUGGUACACAUCAAAAUAUUCGAUUAAAAUUUGGUGGAUCAGCACCACCAGCUAUAAUGUCAUCAGAAUUUAGCCUUCGUUUAUCAGCUAAAUCACGUAUACAAGAUUUGUUUGAUGCUAAAACAACUAAUGUCAAAAAUCAACUUCGACAACAAAUAUCAAGAACUGUUCCAAUUGUUACACGUAAAGAUAAUACAAAUAUAAAUCAUAGCCAAACAAAUGAUCAUCGUGGAGCAAAAUCAGCACCAACAAAUGAUUUUCAAAUUGAUCCAUCAAAACAUAGUCCUGAUUCAAGUAUUGAUAAUACACCAUAUCAAGAAGAUAUAUUAUUACUUGAUCAAAAUUCAUAUAAUGAUUUACAAGGAGAUGUUGAUGAUAAUAUGUCCGUUCGAAGUUAA